AUGGGCAAAGUAAAUUUUGAUCUCCCCGACUUGAUUUCCAAGAACCUGCCGUGUAAAGAUUUAGUGACGAAUGUGAAAGUUGCAGCAGCAUAUAUCUUGGGUUUCUUCGUCGUAGUGUUCCUAUCCAAUAUAGCCCGUGCCUUUCUGAGGUCUUAUCAACAGCCAAGGAUGGUUGCAGAAACCCUUGUAGGGAUAGUUGCUGGCAACAUAAUAUUAACGCAAGAAGAUCACCGUGACAACAUAGUGAAAACUUUGAAUGAUAUUAUCGAAUUUGGUAUGAUUUUCCACAUGCUUGCGUUAGGUCUAGAAAUGGAUGCCCGCAUACUCUUUCAGCGGCCAACUCAGGAAGCCAUAGUGGCGUAUUCUGGGAUGCUCUCAACGUUCAUACUAGCAUACCUUCUGACUCCAUAUUUUAAUUAUUCGGAGUUCCCAAGCCAUGAAUUCACCGUCUCCCUCUCCGUCACCCUCACUGGCACUGCCUCUCCCCUGCUAACACGCCUCAUCACUGACCUCAAGAUUGGGAAAUCAGACAUAGGACGGUUUUUAGUUGCAGCUGGGAUGUACUCUGAUUUGGUAUCGACUCUUUUCAUCUCCAUUGGGUUUGUUAUCCUUUCAGCCGACAAAAAUCUCGGUUUCAGGGAUUCCAAGGAUAUCUUGAAGAUAACUUCUACCUUGAUAGUUCAAGUAGUGGUCACCGCCGUGAUAUCUCCAAUUCUAAUGAUCUGGGUCAAUCAUGAAAACCCGGCAGGAAAAUCUCUGAAAGGCUCCCACAUGGUGCUGUCGGUAGCUUUUGUGGCCAUUAGCUGCGGCUGUUCGGCUGUUAAAGGCAAGUACAGCCCCAUGAUGAGCGCGUUCAUAACGGGAAUUGCUUUGCCUAGGGAGGGCAGAUUGUCAAAGAUGAUGAUCAGCAAACUCAACUACUUCUUGAAAUGCAUCUUUUAUCCAAUUUUUUUUGUUUGGGUGGGCUUGGGAGUCGAUUUUCAGAUGUUCAAUCCAGGCAAUCCCUGGACAUGGGCAAGAAUGAUUUUCAUUUUUGUGAUUGCAACAUUAGGGAAAGUGGUCGGAACUUUCCUGUCAGGGCUGAUGUUAGGAUUUAAUCUCCCAGAAUCAGUUGCACUUGGUUUACUUCUUAAUGUCAAGGGCCAUUUUCAUAUGUUCUUGGCUCUUUUCACCUUCCACGUACGUAAGCCUUUCUAUUCCCUUCUUUCAACUAUAUAUAAUGGCUGGUGCUCCUACCUUGAGACAAGUCUGGCUCCUACUGAGAACAUUCUCAAUGAAGUUGAUAGGUGUCCUGCAAUUUGUCACCAUGGUUUUGAAGGCUCAAUGCUUUUCAACUUGCAUUACAUUCUAACUUUCGAGAAAUUAGAACCCCACAAACAUUACCAGUGA